CCUGAAAGGUCUCUGCAGCUGCAGAGUGUGUGUGUGGAUUCCAAGGAGAAUGACGUCUUGAAGCUGACCCAACACCAAGAAGAUGAGCACAUCCGGAGGGUGCGGACAAGAGGAAGCUGUUCAAUCUUGUUUGGUUGUAUCCUGUCGUUUGUCUGGAGAUCUGCUGCAUCACUGCACACGUGACAAGGUUUCACCACAGAAAGGCUCAGGCUCCUGAGCUCAUGCUGCAGCCUCAUAACGGAGAACAUCAGCACUGCUGUCACACACUGGAAGAGCCUUACCGUGCUGGUUUGCCCAAAGAAACAGGAUUGCAUCUCAGAGACUGAUGCACAGAAGUAUUGGACACCAGUCUGGAAAAGGUAAGAGCAUUGCAAUGGAGUCCAACAGAUGCCUCUCCCUCUCCCCUGUGACUGUGUCUCGCGCCCCUGCAGGAUCGCCCAGCCCUGACAUUGGAGAUCCCGACUCCGGCUCUGUCUCCUGCUGCUCCCGGUCACCAUCCAGCUGAAAGAGACGGACACACCUGCAGCUCCUCCAGUGCGAGGCAGGGUACUUCCAAAGCUCUACGGCCACCCCAGAAUUGUCUCCUCUGGAGAUACACUGUCCCCCCCUGCAGCACAGCUCCUCCACACCCCUGAGGCUCUAAGAGGGGCAGGGAGAGAAGAAGCGCCUAGUGGACUCACCUGGAGAACCCCGGAGCAGAAGAAGCUCUGGACCGCUGGACAGCAGGCAAAGGUCCCCACUGACAAGGACAGGACACACAGCUAAGUCUCCAUUGACAGGGACAGGACACACAGCUCAGUCUCCAUUGACAGGGACAGGACUGAAACAAUCGGGACACCAGAAACACUCACAAACAGGCGAGGCAUGAACACCACCACUGUCGAUCAAAACAGCUCUGUGUUCUAUACAGAUGCCUCCCGCAAUGCCAAUUCCACAGACAUCUCGUCCAUUUCCGUCCGCUCCCUUAAAACCUUCUUCAUCGCAAUGGAGGGCCUUUGUCUGUCUGUGGGGCUGCCUGUCAACUGCCUGGCCAUUUUCGGUCUGUGUCGACUGGUCACUGUUAACCACGUUGCCCCAGUCUAUGUCAUCAACCUCCUCAUUUCAGACCUGCUCCAGAUGCCCAUCAAAUUCCAACACAUCAUCACGUUUGUAACUGAAUCCACAAGCCCAAAUGCGAGUGUCAAUGGAUCCACGAAUUCAAGCCAAUACAUCUGCAGCAGGGCUUUCCACAUUGGCGUGAGCGCUGGCAACGGGUUCAUGGUGUGCAUCGCCCUCGAGCGGUACCUGGUCAUCGCCCACCCGCUGUGGUAUAGGUUCCGCCACAGCGUCAAGAACUCAGUUCUGCUUUCUCUGGCCAUCUGGACGAUGUGUGUCCCCUGCGUCCUUCUCUUCACCUCUUACGUGGUCCUGUACGGGUUCCUGAUCGUCCUGAUGCUCCUCUCCUCGGCCCUUCUUGUGUUCUUCUACGUUGGCACCAGGAGAGCCAUCGUGGCUGCGAUCUCCAUGACCGCCGCCGAGAAGGCGCGCAUCCUGUGCAUGCUGGCCUUCGUGCUGAUCGCCAAUGCCGUGCUCUCUGUGCCGCUGUUGGUGUACUUGCUUCUGGCCGUGACCGACGUCGACGUGCAGUAUGAAAAAGCCAUCGCUUUCCAGGCGUUUGCCUACAUCCUGUUCAUCCUGACUUCCACGAAUCUGCUCUUGGAUCCCGUUUUGUACAUCUUCCUCAGAACCGAUGUCCAACAGACUCUGAAUCCCGUCCCUGGACUUCGGCGUCUGAACUGUGCCUUCAAUUGCCGGAGGAAGGCAAUGGCAGGCCAGGGAGAGAGAGACAAAGAACUCUCCUUCCUGCCACUUUCAGCCAGCAAACUGCCCCGAGAGCCUUUCUGCCCAGAACAAAUUGAACAAAUUGGUGAUGGGUGAAACUCUUAGCAGCUACAACUGGAGAGAUUUUUAUGAUGCAAUGAUCUCCAUUGAUAAGGACAGGUCACACACCUCUGUCUCCAUUGACAAGGACAGGACGCACACCUCAGUCUCCAUUGAUAAGGACAGGACACACACCUCUGUCUUCAUUGACAAGGACAGAUAAGACAUCUCAGUCUUCGUUGACAAAGGUAGGACACACAGCUCAGUCCUCAUUGUCAAGGACAGGACACACAGCUCAGUCCCUGUUCACAAGGACUGGACAGACACCUCUGUCCUCAUUGACAAGGACAGGAAAGACACCUCUACCUCCAUUGACAAAAUGGUACCAAUAACUCAGAUACCUUGUCUCUGGCCUGUGUACACUCGUGAGAAGGUCAGAAAGUACCCCUUUUCUGUGAACAGACCUCAUAGAGGAAGAACGGGGACAUAGUCUCCUCCAAUGUUAGAGUUGAAGACAAUUUUUACAUUUUAAACAAUUUUAAUAGUUAUUUUACAGAUCUUGUUUCAUGCAGAAAUAAGUUUUUUCUUAACAGAGUGCUGCUUUAAACGUCUAAAACUACAGGUCUGUUUUGUAAAAAAACUGAGGUUUUCACAGACAAGGAGGUGACCUCUACAGAGCCUAACCCAGCAAUGGGUGCAUUUUAGAAACAUGAAGGGACAUUUAUUCUGGCAGCAGGCAUGUGAAUAACUCAUGCUUAUCCAAUCAGUUUAGAAAUGUAGGGAAUUUGGAAAAUUUGGGAUCUCACCUGAUUUGAAAGGAAGUAAUGCUGAUGUAAAUUGAGCUUUCCAGGCAACAACAGCAUAAUCAAAUUAAAAUUAUCAGGAUUCCGUCUAUCUGCCACACCUCCCUUCAAAGGGAAACUGCAGUCCCAAUUUUUAUUCAAUCUUGGUAACAAAAUAAAUGAACAGAUGGUAUUGCAAAAUUUUACACAUUUCAAAUUAAAUACAAAAUCGCAAACUUUGGGCAAGUGCUGUGAGUCACUAUGUUGUCACAAACCUCUGGUCUCACCAGAGUUCACCAGAGAGUUCACAAGAAAUUAGACUUACACCGGCCCUUCCUGCUCACUAGUCACUGUAAUGAUUAAUGAACUGUGAUGUAUGAGGGAAGAAGCACAGGCUGUGCAACAUUUAACUGCAGAAAUGUUCUCACAAGUAAGUAGUAUUUGUCAUAAAACCCAUCUCGAAGUGGAGGGCAAUAUUUCUACUGGGUUAAAAGAGAUGUAUUCACAAGCCUGCUUGUUUACAAAAUAAUAGGGCCACUUCACCUCACCUGACGUUUGCUUGCCUUGUUCUGAAGAGCAUAAUACGGAAAAUUUGGGAGGAAAAUCGAAGGUUCUAUAUUUUGAAAUGCACUCAUUCAGGCUGAUUCGUUCUCAUUUCCAAAAGUUAAAAAAAAACGUUGCAGUUCCCCUUUAAGAGGAGACAGUUAUUCGAAGAAUAUGCCCACGUUGACAAUGUGAUUUCAUUCCUGCCGCCGAGUCUGGUUUCCAGGCAUUGAUAAUCACCCCCACGUCGUUCUCAAGGCUUUGAAGGAAGGACUCAGGAAGAGUACAGGCAAUUCCGCUGCCGAGCAAUUGUGUCACUUUCCCCAAUGUAUUUCGUGAUCGUCAACAGUAAAGUACUUACGUUUUUUAAAACUAGGAUUUUAUUAUGGUACUUUGUAAAUUGGUAUAUAAGCAACAAUAGUAAUUAAGAAGCUUUGUUAGGAGAGUAGGGCUUUUGAGUUAUUCAUAUCUGUUCAGAUACUUCUAAGUUACAGGGGGUGUUAUGAACAGUAUGAAGUUAUGACUAAUUAUUUUGAUUUUAAGGUGGGCUUGUUUAACCUUUUGAUUUAAAUGUAAAGAUCUUGGUUAUAGUCAUCUGUAAAGCGCAGCUUCAGAAUAAAUCGCAAAAUGUGAUGAGCGCAAUACAGCUUCUGUGCUCUCGUGUUCUGUUGGACAGAGUCUGUGUUUGCUGUUUCAUUGAACAUCAUCACCCGCAGGAUUUAUCCCCUCACGGACACUCGUAGCUUUCCUGAGUCACACAUACAGUAAUGUGCCAUUGUUAUUUUUUUGACAGCUUAUUUUCCCAGUAAAACCGGUAACCUCGUCCGUCGCAUGAAAUCAUGAAAUGAAAUCGGGGCAGUUUCGCGAUAGAGACCGGUCAACACUCCUACUGUUUAUUGCGGGGGGGGCUUCUCAGGGCACAGGGAAAUCUUCAUCUUUCGUUUCUGCAGCUGCGGAAGAAACACUAUCACUGGCUGCUGGAGUCAGCCCCUCCCUCUGUUCUCUCAAGGCUUUGUUAGCGACUCAGCAAACUCGCCCUUCCGUGGCCUCGGGUUACAAAGUUUUUCCAGCUGUUCUAGAUGACUUAUCACGCAGUUGUGGUGAGUCAUAGAAAGAAGUCAUUGCUUCAGGGUCCCGGGAAAACGCCCAGUACGUAGCCUUGUUUUUACAUUGUCCCUGGACCGCUCCGUACUCUCCCUCCCCUUCACCUCCGAGUUAUUUGACAAAAAGUCCGCUAUUUCCGCGGCUCACCAGCUCUCCUUUCGCCAGCUGCGCAUAUAAGGUUUCCGGUUUUCUUCGUUCUGAUCAGAUCUGACCCUGCUUCGAAAUGACGAGUUACAUUUUUCUUUUCAUUUCACAUCUGUCGUGUACUUAAACGGCCCUCAAAAUCUCGAAAUAAAAUCCGUCGUGUACUUGAAACCCUUUUCGAAUCUGUGUCAUAUGCUCGCUUCCCUACUGCCGAAGUCUGUCUUACCAGAACACUAAGGGGAGGUUUCUAAAGCUUCGAUUUUAAAACCAAAUAUCGGACGAGUUUUAACGCGUAGGCUGACAGUUGUGCUACUAUUAGUUUUAAAACGUGAAGAACGCGACUUUUAAUCUGGCUAAGUAGUCGUGUUUCGAGUCGUCCAACAGGCUGCAGUAGGCAAAUGAAUGCAAACCUCUGAAAUUAAAAGAGCGGAAGGCAUUUUACUGCUGAAAUAAAACAGCGGCUGUUCUACACGGAGAUGGUUUAUGGCCGCCUGCAUCCUCUACGAUCCAGACGUUUAGGUUGUACACCGAUUUACAACUUAAUCCAUGCUGAUGUUGAAAUGUGUAAUUACAUCAACUUUGUAAACAGAUAUAAUAUCUCAAUUUAGUCUGAUCAAUAUUUUACGUAAUCAAUGCGAACCCUAGGAACUGCAAUAGCAGUCGAUUUGAAACCACGGAAGAAUUGACAGUUUUGUAUCAGAUUACAAGGAAAGGAUAUUUUGAGUUAUGGAUGUAAUACGACAUUUUAAAGAUCCCUUUUUGCAAGUUGCCAACAUCCUCUCAGCUGAAGUAUUUUGGAAACUGAUUGAUGGGGUUGGGGGGGAAUUGGAUGACGUCAAGUAAACAUUGAAGAACUAACAAUUGCAGGCUUUUAGGAGUAAAAGAAGUAAAAACUCUUGUUAACUUUAUACCGGGCGCCUGAUACUUUCUUCCGCAGGGUAGGAGAGUAUACAUCUAUGAUUGUAUGUGCAAGACUGAUAAUAUAUCGCUCUGUUAGACGUUAUUGCGUCCAAGGUCGUGCAGGAAGUCCUGGUCACUUGUUUCUGUUCUGCAAGGCCAUAGCUCCUCCCCAGCUGUGAAGACAGAAGGUUAGAAUGUUCUGAAUAAAACUGAUACAGAGAAGUGUCAGCAUUUGCACGAUCUGCAUUGAAGCUCCUUAAAUGCCAUUAAAAAAAUCAACCUUUGUUGCACCUUCAAGACAGACAGAAAAGACUAUCGAUCUCCAAAGUGAAAUUGAGGUGUUACAGCAGCCUCCCCACCCCAAGACAAGCAAAAACAGACAUCGGAAUAGACAAAGA